AACCCGCCGAUGUACCUGCGUUCAUGAAGCCGGCGUCACGCGGUUCCCCCGUCCGCCACCAGAGGGCGCCACCUCACCCUCAACGAAGAGAUAUUAGUUCCGUUAGAGCAUCACUGAUCGGUAAUCGAUAAUAAAUGCUGAGGGUGGGACAAACAACCGUGAUUCCGUUUCUCAGCUAAACCAUCGUGUGGGUGAGAUGUUUCCUGAGCUCUGGCUCGUUGUUUCCGGCACUAACUCAGAGUCGCAUCGUGUUUUCUGAUGCUGCUCGGGUUUCAUUGAUUUGCGUCAGUUUGAGGAAACUCGGCAGGAACCGGGCCCGGGUUGCCCGGAUUGUCGGGUUUUCCACGGUGACUGCGAGACUCAGUUAAAGUGGUGCGGGUUUCUCGAAACUCCCCAGCAAACGCUGGCUUUUCACCAAACCUGCUUCCUGAAACGGACUCCAGCAGUUUGGUUGUUUCCAAACGUUUGUGUCUCUAAACCAGGCAGAAAGUUUGUGUGACCUGAUGUAGAUGUGAAUUCAGCAGCAUGAGUCGGUGUGAGGACAGAGAGGACGGAGUCCCUGCCUCUAAAACCAGUCUGUGUGGGGAACAUGAGAGCCAGACCAGGGCUCAGAGCCCAGAGCAGCAGCAGAGGCCAGACUCUGCUGCUCCUGGACCCGGACCUGAACCCAGCUGUGUGUCCAUGAAGAGCGACCCGUCAAUGAAACAUCUUCUUACGUUCAGACAAUCUGCCGAUGGAAGCUUCCAGCAGCAGAGACCAGACUCUCCUGAACCCAGCUGUCUGUCUUUCAAGAGUGACCGGUCGAUUGACUUUGACAUCAACUUUAAAGGACGAUGUCCAUCAGCUGAUCAGAUAGUCGACAAGGAGAGCUCAGAGGUUCCCAGUGGUCAGUCUGCCCCGCAGCAUCAGACACACCUGGACUCCAUAUUUAUGCUGCUGGAGGAGAACAUUGUCGAUUUUGUGAAGAACGAGCUGAAGAAGAUCCAGAAGGUUCUGGGUCCAGAUUACCCAGAAUGCUUAGAGAGUCAGAGGGAGGAUGAGGAGGUGUUGGAAGGUGAGGAUAAGGAGCUGAGGAGGAGCAGCAGAGAGGCAUUUCUGAAGAUCACACUGAACUUCCUGAGGGGACUGAAGCAGGAGGAGCUGGCUGACUCUCUGCAGAGCAAAACUACAGUUCCUCGACGUAAACUCAAAUCUAAGCUGAAGGAGAAGUUCCAGUGUGUGUUUGAGGGGGUCUCUAAAGCUGGAAACCCAAGUCUUCUGAAGUUAACACAGAAGUUCACUCUGGACUGGGCUGAAGACAAAGCCAACCAGGACAUACAGUUCACGUUUCCGUUCACCUUCAGGGAGCAGAAUGUGUUGAAAGAGAAAAAGUUCAGCUUGGUGGAACUGGUUCAUUAUUUCUUCACUGAAACCAAAGAGGUAGAAAACCACCGGUUUGACGCGUCCCAGGUUGCGUUCAUCUUUGACGGUCUGGACGAGUGUCGACUUCCUCUGGACUUCCACAACGCCGAGAUCCUGACUGAUGUCACAGAGCCCACCUCAGUGGACGUGCUGCUGACAAACCUCAUCAGGGGGAAUCUGCUUCCCUCCGCUCGCCUCUGGAUAACCACGCGACCUGCAGCGGCCAAUCAGAUCCCUCCCGAGUGUGUCGACAUGGUGACAGAGGUCAGAGGGUUCACUGACCCACAGAAGGUGGAGUACUUCAGGAAGAGAUUCAGAGAUGAGGAGCAGGCCAGCAGGAUCAUCUCCCACGUCAAGACAUCCCGAAGCCUCCGCAUCAUGUGCCACAUCCCGGUCUUCUGCUGGAUCACCGCUACAGUUCUGGAGGAUGUGUUGAAAACCAGGGAGGGAGGAGGGCUGCCCAAGACCCUGACUGAGAUGUACAUCCACUUCCUGGUGGUUCAGUCCAAACUGAAGAAGGUCAAGUAUGAUGGAGGAGCGGAGACAGAUCCACACUGGAGUCCAGAGAGCAGGGAGAUGAUUGAGUCUCUGGGAAAACUGGCUUUUGAGCAGCUGCUGAAAGGAAACCUGAUCUUCUACGAACCAGACCUGACAGAGUGUGGCAUCGAUAUCAGAGCAGCCUCAGUUUACUCAGGAGUGUUCACACAGAUCUUCAUAGAGGAGAGAGGGCUGUACCAGGACAAGGUCUUCUGCUUCGUCCAUCUGAGUGUUCAGGAGUUUCUGGCUGCUCUUCAUGUCCAUCUGACCUUCAUCAACUCUGGAGUCAAUCUGCUGUCAGACAAGAAAUCGACCCCCCAGACGUCUGAAACGCUAACACACAAGUCCGAAUUCUUCUACCAGAGCGCUGUGGACGAGGCCCUACAGAGUCCAAAUGGACACCUGGACUUGUUCCUCCGCUUCUUCCUGGGUCUUUCGCAGCAGACCAAUCAGACUCUCCUACGAGGCCUGCUGCCACAGACAGGAAGUGGCUCACUGACCAAUCAGGAAACAGUCCGGUACAUCAAGAAGAUCAAAGAGACUCCUUCUGCAGAGAAAAGCAUCAAUCUGUUCCACUGUCUGAAUGAACUGAAGGAUGGUUCCCUAGUGGAUCAGAUCCAGCAGUCCCUGAGUUCAGGAAGUCUCUCCACAGAUGAACUCUCUCCUGCUCAAUGGUCAGCUCUGGGCUUCAUCUUACUGUCGUCAGAAAAAGAUCUGGACGUGUUUGACCUGAAGAAAUACUCUGCUUCCGAGGAGGCUCUUCUGAGGCUGCUGGCAGUGCUUAGAGUCUCUAACAAAGCUCUACUGAAUGGCUGUGGCCUCCCAGAGGGAAGCUGCGGAGCUCUGUCCUCAGUCCUCAGCUCCCUCCUGAGCAACAACGACCUGCGGGACUCAGGAGUGAAGCUGCUGUGUGCUGGACUGGAGAGUCCGCACUGUACCCUGGAGACUCUCAGUCUGUCAGGGUGUCUGGUCACAGAGGACGGCUGUGCUUCUCUGGCCUCAGCUCUGAGCUCCAACCCCUCCCAUCUGAGAGAGCUGGACCUGAGCUACAAUCGUCCAGGAGGCUCGGGACUGAAGCUGCUGUCUGCCGGACUGGAGGAUCCACGCUGGAGACUGGACACCCUCAGGGUGGAGCCUGGUGGAGUGCGAUGGUUGACACCAGGUCUGAGGAAAGUGUAAGUGUAUUUGUGUGAACUCGCACUCGACACAGACACAGUAAACGGAUUCCUCAAACUGUCCGACAACAACAGGACGGUGACACAUGUGGAGGAGGAUCAGUCGUAUCCUGACCAUCCAGAGAGAUUUGACUUCUGGACUCAGCUGCUGUGUAGAACUGGUCUGACUGGUCGCUGUUACUGGGAGGUGGAGUGGAGAGGAAGGCUCGAUAUAUCAGUCAGUUACAGAGGAAUCAGUAGGAAAGGAGACAGCGAUGACUAUUGGUUUGGAAGGAACGAUCAGUCCUGGAGUCUGAGAUGCUCCGAUGAUCCCGGUUACUCUGUCUAUCACAAGAACAUAAGAACAUCUGUCUCCUCCUCGUCUUCGGUCUCUCACAGAGUAGCCGUGUAUGUGGACUGUCCUGCCGGCACUCUGUCCUUCUACGAAGUCUCCUCUGACACAUUGAUCCACCUCCGCACCUUCAACACCACAUUCACCGAACCUCUUUAUCCUGGAUUUGGGUUCUGGUUCCGCUCUGGUUCCUCAGUGUCUCUGUGUCCAGUGUAGCAGAGAGAUUCUCCUCCUGUUAGAGAAACGUUCUCGCUGUUGACAGAUAGUUCGGUCUGUACAUGUCUGUCUCUUUCACUCGUUUUGAGAUGAAUGGAUUCUAUCACUUUCUUUUUUAAGCUCUUCUAAAUGAUUCCUCGUAAACGUCUUCCUCUUCCAGUCCUUUAAAGAUGGAAGCUUCGAUCAUUACAGGAUAAAAAUGUUGUUGACUUUUACGUUUUUAAGAUUCUGAUCGUGACUCUUCUUGUCUUUUCGCAAUAAAAGCGUUAGUGUUGUUUUUUAAUCUUAGCACUACUGAGCGGAUUCAGUUCAACCUAAAAUGCCUUAACAGUUUGUUUGGAAAGUCUGAGAAAAGACACAGACAGUCAAUGAAAAUGGUCCUGAGGCUCUCAGUUUUGAAGGUUUAUGUCCAGAGGAAAGACUGAAAAGUUCUAAGAAACCAGGUUUACAGUGUCUUUGUCCAAGACGCUGGAGGUGGUCCAUGACGCUCUACAAGUUUUGAGGUUCUGGUUUGAUCCUCAGGUGCCUCAUUAAAGUUUGAAGUUCACCGCCCAAAGUGAAGACUCAAAACUUCUAAGGGAAACUUGUAAAACUGCCUUUCAGUGGUUCAAGGAGUUAGAAAGCUCCUGACAACCUUGAAGAGUUUGAGCCUCGACUCUUUUAAAAGUCACCACCAAAAAAUAAACACUUAGAAAAGACGGGGUUACGGGAUUCAAAACCAUCAGCAGCUGAAAUUUAACUACAAGAAGAAGGUAUGAUGAGGUUUUGUUUUGUUUUUUUAAUGUUGGAACUGUCAUUUGUUGAGUGUAAACCUGGUUUUCUCCGUUUUUCAUGUGUUACAGUGAAUCCCCAGGCUGCUGAUAAUACUUUUUUACCGCUGAUGGUUGUUACCUUGGUUGUCAUUUUCAGUGGACCUCCUGGCUGACGACAUAUUUACACGGAAAUAAAACAAAAAAUCGCCAUUCACCGUCCAAUCGCAGCAUGGUUCAUGUUCACUUUUUGUAAAAGCAGAAGCAGAGAUCAAGUGAGACAAAGCAGACGACAGGAAACGAUUCGGUUUGGCUGCAGGGAAAGAUUUCACACUAGACACAGAUGAAAAUGUCCUGCUGGGACACAGCUGCUGUUCAGACACAACAGACUGACACCACAUGAUUAUUAAUACAACACAUGCUAACCUGCAGUUUCACUCACCUGACUAUAAAUGGAAGAAUCUCUGUCUGUCCUUUGAUUUUCUCCUCAACCGCUCAUCCUAUCAACUUCAAACUUCUCGAGUGCGUUGUCGAGGAACAAAGGAAGCCCAGUGUCGACGGCGAAGGUCUUUGGACGAGCGGCUCUCAGCAAACAUAAACGAGAAACAUUAAACGACAGCGGGUCAGAGCUGGGGCGACGCAUCCACGUAGCUGACCUCAUCCAUCAGACGACGACGCGUCUCAAAGAUGGCCGCUCCCGGUCAAAGCCUGGAUUCCCCGGGAAACGAGCUGCAGCUCCAAAACCUGGAUCGUCCAAAGCGUGGGACUGUGUCAGACAGAGACCAGAACGACCGCUACACACGGUCACUUGAAACGAAAGCGCUUUGUUUAAGACGCAGCAGGGCAGUUUACUUUUUAUCCCCCCGAGCACAAAACAUUCGGAUUAUCACAGGAGGAACAAGUCAUUUAUGCUCCGCUGUUGUUAUGGUAACGUAACGUUACACCAUGCGUCAUCCAACGCUGUCUAUUUUCUGUUUCCUUUAACGGCCACGUAUGAGUGAGAAAAUGGCUUCAAAUGACGUUAAACUGGUUCAAAUAUUUUCCUCCCUGAUGCAAAAAUAUAUUUUCCAUUGAUUUUCUGAAGCAAAUCCACGUCAGACCCAUUUUAAGUUUUAAGUUCUUCAGUAAAAACACUGAUUCUCCAGUUCAGGGAAAGUGAUUAAAUUCAUCUACACUCACUCGCCAGUUGAAUGGGUACACCUAGAUUAGACUGUUUCUAGUAUUUAAAUGGGACGGGCAAAAUAUUAGGAACACCUCUCAGUAUAACCCAGUACAAUUCAACAGCAGCACAAAUUACAGCCUCCGAAAUGACCAUUAGAAUAAACCAACACCUCUUAAACACAUCAAUCACAACUAUUGAGAUGACAGGCGCGUUUUGAAUGAGCGCUGCACUCGUGUAUUUACAGACCCUACACAUCAACAGAGCUAACUGCUAACACACUAGCCUUAGUCUGUCUGACAGGAUGAGCGGUGUCCUGACGUCUCCGCUUACUGUGGGUCAGUGUUUGCAUAUUGUUGUAAAAAUCCAAUUUUCCUGCCACUUAUCUGGGUCCAGACGUGGACGAAAGUAAAAGGCCCCCCGCCCCUCCUGUAUGGGGCCCCCAGACUGAAGGAGACACGAAAGGUUUAUGGUGCUUUCCAGUCUCUUUGUGGUGGAUUUGUGUCUCUGUGGUUUUCUAACUGAGCUUUGUGACUUUCAAACCAGAAAUAUCAACAGUCACUUCAUACAGAGGCUCUGGACCAGGAGCAUCCUGACCCCCCGGGCCCCCAGUAAUCCAAACAUGGGUCCAGGUAACAUUAAUUGUUUGAUAUUACUAUGAGCUGGCAUCAUAUGGAGCCGGGAGGUUCUGGUCUCCGCUGCUUUAAAAGUCUUUAAAAAGUCUCCAAGUUGUCGAACGCUGCACAAACUGUUCUGUUAAAUAUUCCGGGCCGACGAGAACUUCGCUCAUCCACCAGAUUCAUUUUCAGUUUUCAGUUUCCUUCAGAUGCCAGAAGCUUAUUCCAGGUCGCUUUACGAUUCUCAUUUCACACACUUUUCAUUUCUGACGGAAGCUGUGAAAAACAAAUCCAAGUCGAGCGAAGGUCAGAGCUGAUCUCAGAUCAGCCUGCGGAGGUUUUCACACUUCCUGCUGAGAGUGACGAGUGACGCCUCAGCUGGCUGACGAACACCACAUCUGUAUUUAGAUCCACAGCUGAUGAUGAUGGCGAUGAUGUUGAUGAUGAUGAUGAUGAAGCCCGAAGGACGCUGCAGGCCCUCUGACCCUCGCACUCAAUGUUGCCAUGGCUUUUAUUCUGAAAAUCCACACUAACACUUGCUGUGUUGUCGGUCAGAGAGCGGGCAGACGGGUCCCCAGGUGGCGGCGGUGUCAGCGGCCCCCGAUCAGGCCAUCGGGUUCCAGAACAGACUAGGGAGGCCAAGGAGGAACAUCUGGGACCGCAGCAGGCCAGAUGUUCAGCAGGUCGGGUUCAAGAGAAGAAUCGCAGGAUCCGAGGCCUCUGGGUCUGGAUUCUUUCUAGAACCAGGGCCAGGGAUCAUCCAGUGUGAACGAUUGUUACAUCUGGUCUCCACAGAUGAUGUUUAAUAAUGUUUAUGUUGGUGUUUUGGUUUUUUCUUUUAUUGCACUUCAAAAUAAAAGUUUCUCACCGUCGUAACUCUAAAGCUUUAACUUUAAAAUAAAAUCGUACACACAACAUGUGGAUUUUAUUUCACCUCCAUGAGCCUUUAAAGGAACGUUACAAUUAGUGUGCAGCGUUCAUGAACUAAAGGAGUGUCCUGUCAAACUUGCAACUAUUGAUUAUCGAUCGAUAGAUCAAUGUAAUUUCCAGCAGUCCUGGGCGACGUCUUCAGGUGUUUUGUUUUGACCAACAGCCCAAAACCCAGUGAGAUUCUGUGUAUUAUCAUGUAAAAUCUUAACCUCUGAGGGUUAGGGUUAGAAAUAGCAAGUGUUUGACCCUUCUGCUUCAAAAAUGAUUAUUCGAUGAUUAAAAUACAGAUUAAUGUUAUGUUGACUGACUAAUUGUUGCAGCUCUACACAGGUAACAAACAGAAGCACGAGCUGCGACG